AGGUGAUCUAUGGGAUGAAGCGAACAUUCCGGGGCCUUCAUAGAGCCUACGUUUACUGAUAUGAUUAUAUCACCAGACACAAAUAUGUCAGCAACUGUUACGACACCUAUGACGGUUACUCCAAUGACAACGGAUUCCCUUCCACCUGAAGUAACUGCAGCUCUCAUCAUCUCCAUCAUCCUCAUCUUCUCAACGCUUAUUAUGCUAAUUUAUGCAAAUAGGAGGUUUGAAUCUGAUCGAGCCAUCACCGUAUGCUGCUUCCUACUGACAAUGAGUGCUCAGCACAUAACUCUUGUUAGCGGUCUCUAUUCAACAUCAAACCAAGCUGCUUGCAUCGCUGUUGCUUUAAUGAUUCACUUUUUUGAAUUAUCCGAAGCAUUCUGGACUUUAGGGAUGAUCGUUCAAAUCGUCUUAAAGGCAACGUAUAAAACUCCCGACAUAGGUAGCACGUCACAAUACUGCGCACUAGGUUGGAUAACACCGUUAUUCGUCGUGGCCAGCACGGCGGGUUUACAACUCGAUAAAUACGGCAAUGCAAGAUACUGUUUUCUUCCCGUCGAGGAUAAUAUCAUAUUUGCCUUCCUAGUUCCUGGUCUACUUAUCAUCAUGACCAAUUACACAUGUUUAUGUUAUGUUCUUUAUGAAUACAUCACGACGAAGAAGAAAGAUAAAAAGAAUCUCCCGCAAGUCCUGUCGGUGGUGCCUAACGCGAGAGCAUGUGCAGUGGUAUCGGCCUUCUUACUUCUCGAUUGGUCUUUUUUCGUGUUAGCCCUUCGACUCAAUGUCACAGCAGUCAACGUCUUAUGGGCUUUUAACAAAUUAGUAGAAAGUAUUUGCAUAUUUUUCCUCUUUGGAGUCUUCAGUACAGAGGUUCAAACGGAAUAUGAAAGACGUGUUGGACCAUGCUGCCCGUGGUUUCGAAAGAGUUCUCGAGCGGUCAUGGACUCACCGUCACCGCGACCUGGCUGGCGGGACGAGAUCUCACAGAUCAGUAAUAUGGGCGAGAACAGUAUCGCUAUGGACAAUGAAAGCUCUGUUGUAUACGCUGGUCUUAAUUCCAAUAAUAAUACUACCAGUGUUGCAUCAUCGUCUUCGAAUCACGCACCGGGAUCAGCGACCUCGCGGUUCAACGCAAUCCUCAACUCCAGUCUGAAUUCGAGUGGGAGGGCGAAUACGAUAUCGGGUGCGCUGAUGGGCAACGGUAAUGGGGAAGCCCACGGCUCAGAAGGGACCAGCAAACAGAACGGUCGAAACGGAUCCAAAAGGAUACUGAUUGAUCAUAAGAAAGCGAAGGACGCCCUCAACGAUUCGACUUCAUCCAUUGCUUCCACUGUUGCGUCAACGUUAAAUCUAAAAGCCAAGCUUAAAGUUUUUCCAGUUCGUAAAAUGACAGAUCAGACUGAGCAUGUCAAGAUGACCAACACGGACCAGUCAGACUCUCCCGAUGAUAGUCGGGAGACCAGCCCUCAACCGGCACCAAAGAAAAGAGUCGGCUGGGGAAAGAUAAUGGCGGGAAAGACGUGAUCAUUAAAAUCUAGGUUGAUCUAAGAACGCUUGUUUGGCAGAACCGCGGAUGUGUCUUUCAAAUAACUUUACAUGUUAACCGGCAAAGACGGAGCACCUAGCAGGACCGGUAUCAAGGCGUGGUUUUCAGAUGUAUUCGUCUCCAAAGAAGAGAAAUAGAAAUUACAGUUCAGAUGAAACUUAUGAUAUCGAUAUAGACAUCGCUUACUUGUUGAUGCCAUACCGAUUUUACCGAUAUUUUUUUCGGUAUGUUGGUGAAAGAAAAAUUCAGAGGGAAGAUUGAUGAAAAAAACAAAAUCUGAAUAAGUACAGCUUCGGAACAAAGAAUCGAUCUUAAGGAUCGUAGUAUAUGCACAACAUACAACCAUUAGAUGGUUGUUGUUUUUUCUUUCAAUAAAGAACAAAUGGACGUAUAGAAUUCCAACUCUCGAUAUCAAUAGGUGGAUAAAGCUUCCACGCGCUGUUUUGAGACCACCGGAAACAGAAGAAGUACUCCUAAAGGUCAAUUGUGCACGAGGUUCCACACUUUUUUAUUCGCCUGUGCUUGUGAGUACGUGGAGUACUUUCCGCGUCUUCAUGCGGGCCCCAUAUAGGUCCUACUGUUUAUUGUGUCAUGGAGAAUUUUUCCUUGGCCUCAAAAAGUCAUGCGUGCAAGCGUGCGUCAUAGAAUUACGUGCUGAUUUCAGCUUUAAUAGUGUACCGAAGCGAUGACGUCAGUUGCCAUAGUGUCAUGGCGGCCUGGUUCUACACAAAGGAACCCGCCGAAUGAAAGCGUGUGUUUCUCAUAGGAGAAAAUGGCUGCUAUCGGAAUUUGAUCGCUUGCAGGCUAUUUUUCAGACGAGCCAAAGUCAUUUGCAAAUACAAAUGUGUACAGACGAUCGUCAGCUGCGACUCUGUUUAGAACCAGCCCGCCAUGACACCGUGGCAACUGACGUGAUACUUCGGUAUUCUAUAUGUAAUGUAUACCAAUGAUUUCAACGUGGCAUUGACUAAACAAACGAGAAGUGAUACAUGUUGAGGCUUGACGUAUAGGCCUACAUAAUUCAUGUAAUGAACAUUUUGAUGCCAACCAUUUGUAUCAGACUGAUAUCCUACAUAUCAGAAACAUAAUUAAAACAAUUUAAUUGAAACGAUGCCAUCAUUCUUUAUUCCCUAUAAGAUAGUUUUUCUACAGCUUUCCAAUAAUCGAUUUAUAGUCAUAAUUAUUUACGUAUGCAGGUAGUCAAGACAGGAUUAAAAAAAUGAUAAUUGCAAAGUCACUUAAUAACAAACUGAGUGGUAAUUUUGACAUUUGAUGCCUUAAUUUUCUUCAAAGACCUUGAUAAUUUUUCAUAAUAUUCCUCAUUCAAACUACAAAUGAAAGUGGUGUAUGAAUACCAUAAUUGCAAAAAGGAUUGGGGUAAGGCAAUCAGAGGUUCAUACACUUUAAAGGAAAAGUACAGCGCCUGUCUUUUUUUAGUCUGGCUUUAGCCCCGCAGCCUUCUACAGCGCGGUGGCAUUUCAAGGAAUACAUUCCAGCCAGGUACCUAUUUCUCAUCUCACCUGGGUUGAGUGCAGCACAAUGUGGAUGAAUUUCUUGCUGAAGGAAAUUACGCCAUGGCGUGGAUUCGAACCCACGACUCUCUGUUUCAAAGUCAGAAGAACGCUAAUUCUCGGUGUGGACCCACCGUUGAUUAUGUUAUGUUGUGUAGAGUUUGCCAACGUUGUAAAUGUCAAUAAAAUGUCUAAAAGUAACCCAAAAAAUAUCUAGGUCUACCCAAAGUGUCCACAAUCUUAAACAUGUCGUGCACACGGUAUUUAAAGUUAUAUAUAUAUUUUUUACAAAGCCAGUCUUUCUGUUCAGUUUGCCCGGGGGCGUUAAUCUUCCAUUUUCGUAAUCAUGUAGAUAUUUCUUUUCGAUUUCGUCCUAUUUUAUCGACUAAAGAGUAAUUUGCUAUGUUAACAAGCAUUCUUUCUGUGAACAUAAUAAUGAUUGCUCAAUGCUGUAUAUAUCUUACAUUAUUAUAAUUAUGCUGAUGUCUACUAGUUAUACAACGGUCUUGUUUAUUUGAUUUUCCAGGGGGUGUUUCACAAAGAUUGAUUAAUGGGGUGUUGCAAGAAACUUGCGAUCAAUUGCAAGUCAAUUUUUGGUCCCUAAACCAAUCAUAUGUCUUGCCGUUAAUUGCAAAUUAGUGAUUGAUGGCCAAUCUGCUCCUUGAACAAGAAGUUUAAUCUGAUUUGCUAUAACUAACGUUCAUCUAUCAGUUGUAAAAUUGCAACAGAAUAUUUGCAAUUGAUUGCAAAUAUUUUCUUGCAAGCCAUACUUAAAUUUUCGUGAAACACCCCCAGGACAUUUACAUUCUGAAAAAAAGUUGUUUUAAUGUCUCUAUAUCCACCACGUAUAAACUUUUACUGGCAUUGUGUCGCCAAUAGCAACGGGUGUGUAUAGAUACUUGUUAUAUCACCAUUUUAUGACGAGGGAUUUAAGGGAUUUGUCCCUUAACACCCAUCGAUAUCAAUAGGUGGAUAGAGCUUCCACGCACUAUUUUUAGACCACCGGAAACAAUUAAAGUACUGACCAAAAGGUCAAGCGCGCGCAAAGUUCCACACUUUCUUCUGUUGAGUGUAGUCCGCGUGCACAGACCCUGAUUGAAACUAUGAUCAAUAAUUGGGUCUUCACACAAAGACUUACAGAUACGAAACUUGCUGUUUCAAUUCAGACCUUCAGUACACAAGACAUUAGUAGGUUGCACAUUCAGACUCUAAACUCGAGUAAAUGGUUUGCACAGCAGACUAUAUUGUGUGUGCGCGUGUGUACGUGGAGUACUUAACGCGUUGAUAUAUAUGGCCUUUAUACUGUUUACUGUAUCAUGGAGUACUUUUCCUCGGCCUCAAAGGUCGUGGGUGUGCGCAUGCAAGCUCCAUCCAGUUUAUUGAUAUCAAUGGUAAUAGUCAACUGAUGCAUUAUGGGUCAAUUGCAUCGUGGGUUAGGACUGAUCUGGGCCCCGUCGUACAAAGAGUAACGAUUGAUCCAAUCAAUCGUAACUCUAUGGAAAUCAAUCAGUGUCAUUUUUUUCUGCAGGAAAUUUGCAAAAUGUCCUUUGUAAACAAAGGAAAACAUACCAAAUUGUCAAGAAAUCCAAAAAUUUAUGGAUAUACAUUCAUAACUUAUGUAAUUUUUUUUAAACAAACAUGCAUUUUAGAUGUGGACUUUGCUGGCUUUCCAUAGUAGCGAUUGAUCGGAUCAAUCGCAACUCUUUGUAAGACAGGCCCCUGAUAGUCGGAAAAAUCUGAUUACCAAGGGAGCGUUUCAUAAUUAUUUUCAUCCGACAAGUUGUCAGAUCUGACAUCUUUUCCUGAUGUUGAUUGGCUGAGGGGCACUUUUCCUAUGGUAACUAUCGGAUAAAAUGGGACUUGUCGGAUAAAACGUCUGACAAGUCCUCUUAUGAAACGCCCCCCCCCCCCCCCGAUAGCAAUGAACGGUAAUACGCAAAUUUGAAUUAGUGCCUGUACAACUGAAACCUGCUUAACCAUUCAUACAAGUAUAUACGAACUUUUGCCUUAUCGUCUGACAGAAAAAAACAUAAUAUGUUUGAUUAUAAAUAAACAAAACAAAAACUAGAACAAUCGUGUACUAUAUUUCGCGUGUACCUCCAAUACUGAUAUCAUUCAGUGUGUUAAUGUUGCUGAUAUACUACAUAUUGCCAUGCAUGCCUAGUUAUCCGCGUAACAGGAGCAUUGUAUUGACAUCAAAUUAUUGGAAAUAUCAUUUUGUGUUGUAUGUUUUUUGUUAUCGAAUACUCAAAAUGGGUUAAUUAUUCGUUGUGCCCAUUAAUAUUGUGCGUUAAUGAUUUUCGGAAUCGAAACGAACAACGCUGUUUAACAAAAUACGAUGUCUACCUACCGUACUUUUCAAGUUAAUUUCAAUCUAUAAUAAAAAAGGAUUGAAAUAGGUUGAAACGUACGGUAAGUGAACAUGUUCGCGUCACUUGCGAAAAACUCUUUAGAAUUACCCUUAACCUUUAAGCAUCUAGUUUUGACUGUGAGUACUGUUCUUUAAAACAUUUCUUAAAAAUCAAUAGAUCUUUGGGGAGUUUACAUUUGACAAUACUCAUCUGCUUCCAAGGUGCAUCGUUCAAUGAGAGAAUUAGAAAUACUUUGAUACGCGUUGAGGCGACCGCACACCUUACGACUGGUCUGCGACCCAAUUUCAGAAUAAAAUGCAGUAGAAUUUGAUGCUAAUAUUGAGACUUGGAAUAUCUUACUGUGUAAUGUUCUAAAUCAUCGUACGAAUACCUGUGUGCAAAUCUGUGACUAUGCGAUCAUCCUUCUUAGAAUAAAAGCGAAUUUAAUAUCUAGUCGUAAUGACGUCAUAGCAGUCGUACGAUUGGCUACGAUUUGAAACUAAUUUGGCCUUUAUUCCAAAAUUAAGGCUUGCAAUCUUUCAGAAUGGUUAUAUUAGUAUUCAUUCAAUUAAUUUUAACCUCAAAUAAAAUGAUAUAUUCCAUUCACAUUUUUCAGAAAAUGAGCAAAAUGCGAUUUGUUCCAAAAUCGGAUCGCGAGCAGUCGUAAGGUGUGCGGUGGCUUUUACAUGAGCCGAAUUUGAAUAUCGAUGCCAUAAAGGUAUCACAGGCCUAAAUAGUUUCCCAUAGACUCGUGUGUUAAAGUGGCACUUUAAAAAAAUCAUAAAAGAUAAGGAGGAUAUUCGAGGGUUGAAUGUUUACUACCAGUUGAUAGGAUAUAUGUCUGGCAUUCCAUAUCUGACCAGGAAAGGGUACCUCGACCGACUCAUUUAAAAAAUCAAUUGGCAGUUAUGAAGACUACACCUAUCAGGAUUAAAUUCAUCACUUGAGAGAGUAAAAUGGCCCUAAUUCUUCCGCCAGU